AUGUCUUACGAACCGCUCGAGACGAUGUCUGAAGAGGAACCUUCUCUCAAUAUACCCUCUCUCCUGACCUUGGCCGUUGUGUCCUUUUUCGUGAUCCGAUGGUUCUUCAAACGCGACGAUGAGCCCGGUGCCGGAGGCAGCCGUACUCGUGCGCGCGGACAUGCCGUGGACCCAGCCCAGGUUGAACAAAUAUCGCAGAUGUUUCCACAGCUGAAUACUCGGGAAAUAAUGUGGGAUUUGCAGCGGAAUGGAGGCAGUGUCGCGGCGACUACGGAGAGGAUCUUGAGUGGGCGAGGCUUGGAAAUGCCCCCGCCAUCUUUCCAACCACCGAUUCCUACUACUACCACUGCUACUCCUCCCACGACACAGCCUGCAUCGUCAUCCAGAAGCGCUCCGAAAUCGGACAGACAGGACCUGAUUUCCCGCUACAAUCUUAACUCAAGAGCUACGAAUGAGAGCUCCUCAGAAGCACCCGAGCCAUCGUCGAGAGGAUGGUCGCAGAGUAAGGAAGAGCGUCAGCGCAUGUUGCAGAAGCGGAGGGACGAUAUGAUUCUGGCAGCGCGCAAGAAGAUGAUGCAGAAGGAUCAGCAAGGUGCCUCAUAA